UGUUCGACUGUUGAACUGGAGGAUCUGUUGAUGCCUCUUGGAUGAUCCAGUUUGUGGGAUUACGCAGCUGAAUUCGUCCUGACAGAGAGGAGGAACAUCCCUCACUUCCACAGGAGGAGAAUCUCUCCGCGUUCAGAGUGUCGCAGUCUAUCAAUAGAAACAGAGCAGCAAGCCCCGCCCCGCUGUGAUUGGAUCAUCGAUCUGCUCUGUGAUUGGCGGGCUCGGCUGCCGGUCAGGGCGCUGCGCCUCUUGUGGCUCCGGGCUGUGGAUGCUGGCGCAGACGCUGAUCCUCGCUCAGGUGUGUGGCGCAGCGUCGACCGGAGCGCGUGAAGCGGAGCUGCGGGUGGAGGGCGCGUGGAUGGAGCUGCAGUCGUGACUCCGUCCGCCUCCCACUGCAGAAGCCCGUGCGCUGAAGUCGCAGCAGCAGCAGCAGCAUCGUCCCCGCGCGCCAGCGGCAGCGCUCGCCUCCGCAGACAUGGGCACCGUCCUCUCCAUCUCCCCCGCCAGCAAAAAGGCGUCGAUCAUGGACGCGGAGGUCUCCGCCGACGCGCUGAAGACCGACAAGAGCCUGAAGCGCCACUCCAUGUUCGUGUCGCUCUCCUGGAAGAAGCUCGUGGCCAACUCGGCCAAGAAGAGCGCGAAGAAGGUGACCCCGAACCCGCUGCCCGCCCGCGAGCUCCCGUCCAGCCAGGUGGCGCAGCGCAACAGCGAGAACAGCCGGAAGACGGAGGAGAAGCGGCCCAAGGCGCCCAUCCCGGUGCCGGUGCCCACCGUGCCCACGCAGGGCGGGGAGGCCGCCCUCCAGAACGGCCGCCUCGCGUCGGUGCAGAAGCAGCCCAGCAGCUUCUCGCUGGUGUCUCCGCGGCGGAUCGUCAUCCAGGCGUCCACCGGGGAGCUGCUGCGCUGCCUGGGGGACUUCCUGUGCCGCCGGUGCUUCAAGGUGAAGGAGCUGAGCAGCGCCGAGGUGGUCCUGUGGUUCCGGAACAUUGACCGGACUCUCCUGAUCCAGGGCUGGCAGGACAUUGGCUUCAUCACGCCGGCCAACGUGGUGUUCGUGUACCUGCUGUGCCAGGACGCGAUCACGGACAGCGUGGAGAGCGCGGCGCAGCUGCAGGGCGCCUUCCACACCUGCCUGUACCUGUCCUACUCCUACAUGGGCAACGAGAUCUCCUACCCGCUCAAGCCCUUCAUGAACGACGCCAACAAGGACGUUUUCUGGGAGACGUCGCUGCGCAUCAUCGACAGGAUGAGCGCCAAAAUGCUGCAGCUGAACGCGGACCCGCACUUCUUCACCGAGGUCUUCCAGGACCUGAAGAACCAGCGCGAGCCCGCGGAGGGCAACCUGGACCGCUGAGCGGAACCGGAACCGGAACCGUGGCGCACUUUGAAUGUAAAAGAGUCCCGCCAGCGCGGGUGGAGGGCUUCUCUGAAGCCGCGCGCUUUUACGCAACGUCGGUGUGGCGCUGAGGCCGCAGUGCGCGCGCGGGGGGAAGGGAUGGGGGGGAGGGGGGUCAUGCAUGCCUGUAGAUGUUUUCUGUUUGCUUCGUCUGUGCAGCAUCACAUCUUUAGUCUCCACAUCGCGGGAAGUCAAAGGAUGAGGGACGUGGAGGCGGAGCUGUCCAGGGUGCUGACACGCGCAUCCAUUUCUGCUCCUCCUUUUCUUUUAUAUUUAGAGCCGAGCCGAGCCGAGCCGGGCUUAACGGGGCCACAGUUAGCCCAGCACACUUUCAGCACAUAAGCCUUAGAAGCAGACGAGGCAUAAUCUGCUGUUUCCAAACAUCCCCGGAACAAACUGAAGGGAUCCCAAACCUCAUCCUCCCCGCCGAACACACCUGCACAGGUGUGGCUUUGAGCUGACUGUUUCAAAGCUGCUCCACAAUCGAUUGUACAGUUUCUCAAAAGAUUGUUUUUAAUCUUCUGUGUGCCAACUGUGACAAAAGCCUGAAGCUUUGAGGUUUACAUGUACAAAUCCCAUAUUUGAACUGUCUGCUUGUUAUCUAUGGAGCUAACAUGGGGCCGAUAUUAUAUAAAACCCGCAUAAAACAAAAUGUUAAAAGAUAUUGGUGUUUGGCCAAAAAAGUUAAAAUGUCAGAAACGUUUCGCUAUUCUAGAAUGAACUCAAUUAUUUUCAGUUUCAAACUCAAAAUUUCAAUUUCACCUUUUUUUUCCGGUUUUCGAAUCUGAAAUUUUCAAAAUCAAAAAUGAAAAAUAAGAGACGGAAGUGAGCAAAAAAACCUGAAACUGAAUAAGUUACUAGUUAUCUUGUAGCUCCAGCAUCACACAAACUAAAUUGGGGCCAAUAUUAUGGCCAUAAAUAAAUAAAUGAAUAAAAUGCUCAAACCUUUUUCCUAUUCUAAAAUAAACAUAAUUACUUUCAGCUUCAAAUGUUUUGUUUUUUGGGUUUUAA